GUUAUUCACAACAUCGACCGGUCAUCGACAAUCUCAUAUCAUCAACAGCGGACAAUUCAAUAUGCAGAUAGUAGAACCCGGAUCCGAAAGUAACAAUCGUCAUGUUGGCUUGCUCAUUCUUGGAGCAGGUUGGACAUCGACGUUUCUCAUCCCGCUCCUAACGCGCGAGGGUAUUAAGUAUGCGGCUACAACUACAGAUGGUAGGGAUGGUACAAUCCAUUUCCGAUUCGAUCCGGAAUCCCGCGACUCGGCACCUUUCAAAACCCUGCCAAGUGCUGACACCGUAUUGAUCACUUUCCCUCUCCGUGGCCAGGGUCAAUCAAAACACUUAGUGCGGAUGUAUGAGUCCACCCACCAAAUCUCCGAACAAUACAAACCGAACUUCGUACAACUAGGUGCUACAAGUAUCUGGACAGAGCCUACUUGGCAUGACGAAAACUCCCCAUACGAUCGUACUAACGUUCGUGCCAUUGCAGAGGAUGAGCUCAUAGAGUUUUCCCAGGGCGCCGUGUUAAAUCUCGCAGGCUUAUACGGAGCAUCUCGGCAACCACGCGACUGGGUAGACCGUGUGAUUAAGUCAAAGGCCGAGCUGAAGGCUAAAGGUGCGCUGCACGUAAUUCACGGAGAAGACGUCGCUAGAGCCAUCGUUGCACUUCAUCGGAACUUCACGCCGGGGAAGCGCUGGCUCCUUAGCGAUAUGCAUGUCUAUGAUUGGUGGGACUUGGCACAGGACUGGGCAAUUCAGACACUGCAAGGUGUCAAGAGUGGUGAUCUCAAGGUCCCUGUCGAUAAGUUCCAGAGGCAAGAGGAACUGCUAGUUUGGGUCAGCGAGCUCAUGGUAGAAGAAGGUGUACGGGCACUUCCGAGGGACACAUCUUCUGUAGGUCGGGCAUUGGACGGUAGGGGAUUUUGGCAGAAAAUGGGCAUUUUGCCAACACAGGGACGGAUCAGAUAAGUACUAGUUACCUACCGGAGUUCUGGAAGAGAAAACGUUCAUAUGCGUACG